AAACCAAUAAAAACUCAAUAACCACGCACGUGGGUUCCAACCUCUCCCUAAUCCACAUUCCCCUUUCCACUCUCGUUAUCCUCACCGCCCCUUUCACCCUCCACCACCUGUCCCUCCGUCUCCGCCGCCGUACCUUAACGACCAUUCAAAUUUACCAAAACACCCUCCCAUUCUCAUGCAAAAUGCACCGCUUUUACUUAAGUUCCCCAUUCUGCCCUCCCUCUUCCCGUUCUCUUCUCUUUCACUUCCUUCUCCCACUCCUCCUUCCAUUCCAUUUCUUACCUCAGUAGUCCAUAGCUCUGUUCUUCGAAAACGAUUUUGUUUUAAGGCAAUGCCUUCUGCUGGCGGUGGCGACGACCUCGUUAAUGGUGGUGCUUUCUCCGGCUUCAGUCUCACUGAAUCCUCCUUCUUGGCCUCUUUAAUGCCUAAGAAAGAAAUUGCUGCUGAUCGCUUCAUUGAGGCUAAUCCUGAGUUCGAUGGCCGUGGUGUUCUUAUUGCGAUUUUUGAUAGUGGUGUUGACCCUGCUGCUGCGGGAUUACAAGUGACAUCAGAUGGAAAGCCUAAGAUAUUGGAUAUUCUUGAUUGUACGGGGAGUGGCGAUGUUGAUACCUCGAAGGUGGUGAAGGCUGAUGAAGAUGGUUGCAUUAUUGGAGCUUCAGGGGCUUCUUUGGUUAUCAAUUCUUCGUGGAAGAACCCUUCUGGUGAGUGGCAUGUGGGGUGUAAAUUUGUUUAUGAGUUAUUUACAGACACGUUGACUUCUCGUUUGAAGAAAGAGAGAAAGAAGGAUUGGGAUGAAAAGAAUCAGGAGGAGAUUGCCAAGGCUGUUAAGGUUCUUGAUGAGUUUGAUCAGAAACACACCAAGGUGGAGGACCCAAAUCUGAAAAGAAUUCGUGAGGACCUCCAAUACCGAAUUGAUAUUCUUAAAAAACAAGCUGAUUGCUAUGAUGACAAGGGGCCAGUCAUUGAUGCUGUUGUUUGGCACGAUGGAGAAGUAUGGAGGGUUGCUCUUGAUACACAAAGCCUUGAGGACGAGCCUACCUCUGGAAAGCUUGCCAAUUUUGUGCCACUAACAAAUUAUAAGAUUGAAAGGAAGUUUGGCGUGUUUAGCAAGUUGGAUGCUUGUACAUUUGUCGUUAAUGUGUACGAUGAGGGAAAUAUCUUAAGUAUAGUUACAGAUUGCUCUCCUCAUGGUACUCAUGUUGCUGGUAUUGCUACUGCUUUCCAUCCAAAGGAACCCUUGUUGAAUGGAGUUGCUCCUGGUGCACAACUGAUAUCUUGUAAGAUUGGAGACACACGUUUAGGGUCAAUGGAGACUGGAACAGGGCUGACUCGAGCAUUGAUAGCGGCUGUGGAGCACAAAUGUGAUCUCAUAAAUAUGAGUUAUGGUGAGCCAACAUUACUUCCAGACUACGGUCGCUUUGUUGACCUUGUUAAUGAGGCGGUAAACAAGUACCGGUUAAUAUUUGUGAGCAGUGCUGGUAAUAGUGGGCCAGCUUUGAAUACUGUUGGUGCUCCUGGUGGUACAAGUUCAAGUAUUAUAGGAGUUGGUGCCUAUGUCUCUCCGUCGAUGGCUGCUGGUGCUCAUUGUGUGGUUGAAGCUCCAAGUGAAGGGCUUGAAUAUACUUGGUCAAGUCGUGGACCAACGGCAGAUGGAGAUCUUGGUGUUUGUAUAAGUGCUCCUGGUGCUGCUGUUGCUCCUGUUCCUACAUGGACCCUACAAAGACGAAUGCUUAUGAAUGGGACCUCUAUGGCAUCUCCAUCUGCCUGUGGGGGCAUUGCAUUACUCAUUAGUGCAAUGAAGGCUGAGAACAUUACUGUGAGCCCAUAUCUUGUGAGGAAGGCUCUCGAGAAUACAACCAUUCCGGUGGGUUGCUUACCAGAAGAUAAAUUAUCCACUGGACAGGGGCUCAUGCAAGUUGACAAGGCAUAUGAAUAUAUUCGGAAGUCCCAGAAUGUUCCUUAUGUUUGGUAUAAAGUGAAGAUUAAUCAAUCUGGAAAAUUAUCUCCUACAACACGAGGAAUUUACUUGAGAGAGGCUAGUGCCUGCCGUCAACUUUCUGAGUGGACAGUACAAAUUGAACCCCAGUUUCAUGAAGAUGCGAAUAACUUAGAAGAGCUGGUCCCUUUUGAGGAGUGUAUCGCAUUGCAUUCCAGUGAAAAAACAGUUGUCACUGUUCCUGAUUAUUUGCUUCUCACACAUAAUGGACGCAGCUUCAACGUAGUGGUUGACCCUUCCAAUCUUAGUGAUGGCCUGCACUAUUAUGAACUCUAUGGCAUUGAUUGCAAGGCUCCAUGGCGGGGUCCUCUAUUCAGAAUCCCAGUAACUAUAACAAAACCAGUAGUUGUGGUGGAUCGCCCUCCAAUAGUUUCUUUUUCAAGAAUGUCAUUUUUACCAGGCCAUAUAGAGCGGAGGUUCAUAGAGAUACCACGUGGUUCUAGUUGGGUUGAAGCAACCAUACAAACUACAGGAUUUGACACGACAAGGAAAUUUUUUAUUGACACGGUUCAGAUUUUGCCCUUGAAAAGGCCUUUGAAGUGGGAGAGUGUGGUAACAUUCUCGUCUCCUGCUUCCAAAAGUUUUUGUUUUCCUGUUGUGGGUGGCCAAACUAUGGAACUGGCAAUUGCUCAAUUUUGGUCAAGUGGCAUCGGAAGCAGGGAGUCAUCGCUUGUAGAUUUUGAGUUAACAUUUCAUGGGGUUAGUACCAAUAAAGAUGAAAUAGUGUUUGAUGGAAGUGAAGCGCCUGUUAGAAUUGAUGCUGAAGCUUUGUUGGCAUCAGAAAAACUUACUCCUGCUGCCAUCCUGGACAAGAUAAAAGUUCCAUAUCGGCCAUGUGAAGCCAAACUUUGCACACUUCCUACGGAUCGUGACAGAUUGCCUUGUGGGAAACAGAUUUUAUCACUGACACUGACCUACAAGUUCAAAUUAGAAGAUGGUGCUGAAGUGAAACCUACUAUUCCAUUGUUUAAUGACCGUAUCUAUGACAAUAAAUUUGAGUCUCAAUUCUAUAUGAUCUCUGACACGAAUAAGCGUAUUUAUGCUAUGGGUGAUGCAUAUCCAAAGUUUAAAAAACUUCCCAAGGGAGAAUAUAAUUUACAGCUACAUAUAAGGCACGAGGAUGUCCAAUGUUUGGAAAAAAUGAAGCAGUUGGUGGUGUUUAUAGAAAGAAAAUUGGAGGAUAAGGAUACUAUUAAAUUGAACUUUUUCUCUCAACCCGAUGGUCCUAUGAUAGGGAAUUCUGCUUACAAAUCCUCAGUUUUAGUUCCUGGGAAAAAGGAAGCCUUCUAUAUAGGCCCACCACCAAAAGAUAAGUUCCCUAAGAAUUCUCCUCAAGGAUCGGUUCUAUUGGGAGCAAUCUCGUAUGCAAAACUAGGCAUUGUUAGUUCAAGUAAGGAAAGUUCACGGAAGAUGCCUGCAUAUUAUCAAAUCUCCUUCGUAGUGCCACCAACUAAGCCUGAAGAAGACAAGGGUAAAGGUUCUUCUCCAGCCUUGACGAAGACAAUUUCUGAGCGUCUAAUAGAAGAGGUUCGUGAUGUAAAGAUCAAAUUUCUUUCAAGCCUAAAACCAGAAAGUGAUGAAGAGUUUUCAGAAUGGAAGAAGUUGUGCUCAUCCCUUAAGAGCGAAUAUCCAAACUACACUCCACUGCUUUCAAAAGUAUUGGAAGGUUUGAUUUCUCAAAGAAAUAUUGAGGACAGAAGCUGCCAUGAUGAAGAGGUCAUUGAUGCUGCAAACGAGGUAGUUGAUAGCAUAGACAGAGAUGAGCUGGCCAGGUAUUUUGCACUGAAAAAUGAUCCCGAAGAUGAAGACGUGGAGAAAAUCAAGAAGAAGAUGGAGGCUACCCGCGAUCAAUUGGCAGAGGCACUAUACCAAAAAGGGCUAGUCUUGGCAGAAAUUGAGUCUUUAAAGAGCAAGGUUGAGAGUACUUCGACACUUGUUCGAGAAGAUGCAAAAGAUGUUGGGAAGUCUGAGGAUUCUUUCGAAGAGAAUUUCAAAGAACUAAGGAAAUGGGUAGAUGUCAAGUCUUCUAAGUUUGGAACUCUUGCGGUGUUGCGCGAGAAGCGCUGUGGGAGGCUAGGUACAGCUCUGAAGGUAGUCAAUGAUGUUAUUGAAAAUGGUGGAGAACCUCCCAAGAAGAAACUCUAUGAACUGAAGUUGUCUUUGCUUGAAGAGAUUGGUUGGUCUCAUUUGGUAUCAUAUGAAAAGCAAUGGAUGCAUGUACGUUUUCCUUCAGGCCUUCCUCUAUUUUAAAAGUCUUUGUCCAAUUUUUAGUUACAUUGCCCAAAUAAAUUAUUGGAUUUGUUAUCUUUUGUUAUAUUCCCCAAAUAAAUGGAAUCUCGUUUUUUUUUUC